AUGUCCUCGGAUACAAUGUUUAUCAAUAGCGCGCGGUUGCUUCCCACUGAAAACCGAAAAGUCAAGCAGUUGCAGAGGCCUGACAGGAAGAAACAUACGCGGGGAAGCUACGCGGCACAGAAACAACAGUUGCCCAACGGCGAGCAGCCUAAUUUUGGACACGGGCAGAAACAAUCGAGGAAGCGGGGAUCGGGCAGGCAGAAGGGCCGCGACGGCGCGGCUGGAGACUCUGCCAACGUGGGGCUGACGGAAGACUUGAAACAGCUGCUUUCGAUUCCCUCGGGCUCUGCUGGGUCUGAGAGCGCACAGAAAGAGACGAGCGCGGGGCAGCCAGCUACAGGGGCAGUGGCGGACCGGAAGCGCAGCGUGCCGGCUGGCGGGCCUGCUGGGAAGAGCAGCUCGGAGCCGGCGUCUGCCUCGUCGGCUGUGGAUGGGAUGCCGGGGCUGGGAUUCCAGUCCGCACAUGUGCCUUUUUCUUCGCCGGUGGUGAACCACCCUAUGCUGGCGGAGCCGGCUGCUACCGGUCCCGUUCUUUCGGUGCCCUUCCCGGGCCACGUUGCAGGCUAUAUGCCCUGCGUAAAUAACACUCGCGUGCAGUAUCCUCUCCAAACAAGAAAUAACGUUCCAAUGUCGCAGCCAAUGUCGCAGCCAAUGUCACAGCCAAUGUCGCAGCCAAUGUCGCAGCCAAUGUCACAACCGAUAUCUCCGUACCUUCCACAAGGUUUCCAAAUGCACCCACAAAGCUUUGUAGGACUGCCAGUUGCCCCCAUGUACCCGCAGUAUAUGUCUGCUCAAUAUCAGUCACCAAAACAGCAAUCGGCGUGCCAGAUGCCUCUGCGCGCACAACCGCCUCUGAUCCCGAGCAUUACACGGAACGCACUGCCAUGCGUUUCCAGUGCUAAUUCCACCGCCAAGGCCAGUGUGCGCUCUAAGGGAUCGCCCGGCAGCGAGGGAGGCAGCAGGAGGUCCCAAAACUGGAAGAGCAGCCAGAAUGUAGGUUAUGCCGGUGCCACUUUUGCGACCGACCAGCCAGCGCUCUCUUCACUACCCAAACCAAGCUUUGUUUAG